GAUCCGCGCUGCCAUGAGCGAUGUGCUAGAUAGGUGCCGAGCGCACUUGGAUCUGGUAGGCUUCGGCCCCCGUGAAAUGGCUACUCUGGAUAUCAACGAUAGCGGAGAGAUUGCUAAGCAAAUUGCCUUCGAGCUGAAUAUUACUCCAGGCCAAGAGUUGGAGGACGCUAUCGUGGAAUGGAUACAAGAAGCUUGCGAGACGGCGUUUUGGGCCAGCUACAAUACCCAAGAGCCGGCUCCUCCGCCGGGGGACAGGAUAAAGAAGCUAGAAAUCUCUGGCAACGAGCUGCUAGCGAGAGAAGAGAAACUUCUGGAUAUGUGGGCCAAGAGGCUCGAGGGGAGCCUUGACCCUUCCCGUGCGGCGGAAAUGAUAGCGGGAAGGACCCGCGCUAGCAGCGCGCUGAAGAGAUACGUGGUGGUCUACCAGAGGUGGAGGCUAUGCAAUGGCUACAGGGAUGAGCCCUGCGGACGCUCAGUGCCUGAGACGAUAAUGAAGGCUAUUUCGUGGUUUGAAAAGAUAGCGGAGUUCCGUCUGGAGGUCCGUGCUACAGAGGGUCGCAUUGCGUGGGCGACCAAGGAUAAGAUAGUGGAGAUGCUCUCCGAGGGGGCACCGUUGACCAAACGAGCUCCUCGAUAUCCGACAUGGGUGCUAGUGAAGAUCGAGAGGCUAGUCCUGGAUAAGGAGGAGAUAGCCUGCCUACGCAAUAAAGCCGGAGGAGCUACGCCUGGAGGAGGGGCGGCUAUCUACGAUCCUGAGGAGGACCAGGCCUGGAUAACAACUGGCUUCGACUUGAUAAAGGAGAUGGCUCCCUUCAAGAGGGACUACUUGGUAGGGCUGCCGUCCGCUGUGCAAGGCUACUGGACAGAGCAUUCGGAGAGAUCAGUGCUUCCCACGGCGCUGGCUAUUCUAGGAGUCACGGACUCCGACAACAGAUACCAGGCCCUUGAUGAGAGAGAGAUCGCAGCUAACCUGGUUGACUGGCUCCAGGAUAUAGGCGAAAGCUGGGAGAUGAAGCGGCCAGAGCGAUAG